AUGAGUAGGGACAUGACUCUUGCUGACCUGCACAAGUCACUUAAAGGUGAAAUCCAAUUAUCUAAAGAGGAAAUCCAGAAUAGCAUAACGGACAUGAAGAGGGAAAUCAAGAAACUCAGCACUGAGGUAGAUGAAGUCAAGCAGUCCCAAAACUUCAUAAACGCAGAGUUUGAACAAUUCAAGAGCGGGUUGAGUAAAAUCACGGAUGAAAUGAAGAAAACGACCAUUGAUGUCACGUCGUUAAAGAGUGGACAUGCGGAGAUCUCAUCACAACUGGCUACUAUGGAACAAGACCUCAACUUUAUUCAGCAAGGACAGCUAUCAAACAACUUGCUGAUAUCGAAUGUCAUCAAAACUGCCGACGAAGAUCUAUGUGCUAUCUUGGGUAAAAUCUGCGAAGUUCUCGAGAUCGAAUUGCAUGAGCGAGACGUUCUGAUGAUCACUCGUUUGGCCACGAGGAAUACGAAGCAAAUUGAACCGAUUUUGGUACAGUUCGCCAAUAGAUAUGUGAAGGACAGAAUUAUAUCUGUAGCAAAAACUGCCUCACUAUCAUGUCAAAAUAUCGGGUUCACAAUUGAUCAGCGCAUCUAUUUCAACCACCAUCUCACGGCAUACAAUCAAGCGUUGCUACAGUACGUGAGAGCCUACAAAAGAAGACAUGGAUAUAAGUUCGCAUGGUUCAGCAAAGGGUACAUCUACAUCAAGCGGGAUGAGAACUCCACAGCUCAACGUAUCAUCUCACGAGAAGAUUUGCCUUCGGAUUUUGAUGAGUGA